AGUGGUAUUCCGCAGCUCAGCUGUUCCUUAUCAACGAGUAGAAGUCGAGAAGUAACUGAAGUUUGUGAUCAUCUUUGGAAACACGGAGUUUCCUUUUCCUGUUUAACGGUUGCGUGUUGCUGAAGAAGGAAAAUGGCGAAGAGAACCAAGAAGGUUGGAAUCACCGGUAAAUACGGUACACGUUAUGGCGCCUCUUUGAGGAAGAUGGUUAAGAAGAUGGAAAUAACCCAGCAUUCCAAAUACACAUGCACAUUUUGUGGAAAGGAUGCCAUGAAGCGUACCUGUGUAGGCAUCUGGGCAUGCAAGAGGUGUAAACGUACAGUGGCUGGUGGAGCAUGGGUAUACAGUACAACUGCAGCAGCAUCAGUUAGAUCUGCUGUACGCCGUCUUCGUGAAGUCAAGGAACAAUAAACUUUUCUUAUUGUAAAAUACAAAAUAAAAAAAUUAAGUAUUUA